UUUUCCACUCAGGUGAGUUGGCCAGCCAGCCACGCAACACUAGAGCUACUGAAAACAUGGCUGCUUCUGUACGGGUGAGGACGUGGAACAGCAAGGCUAGCUCAGUCAAACCCUGGCUCCUUCUUUUGACAGGGAUCCUUUUAUUAUGCUAUGCAAAUAGCGGGGUCAUGGCAGCACCAGAACUGGGACAAUGGAGUAUUACAGUUAUCAAUACCUCAAGACCAUUGCUUUUGAGGAAAUCCAUGUAUAAAGACACUGAUAUCAAAUUGAAAGUUGUGUCCUUUGGUUGUCCAGAGGAGAUGACUUUUACCAUUCAAUGGUACUUGAAAUACUAUCCCUGUCACAAUGAGUUCAAUAAUAUUGAGGAAAUGUAUGAGAGGACGCCACUGAGUCGAGGACAGAGUAUGGAUCCUAACCCUCUAGGACAAGGGGAAUGCAUUGAGCACAAGCACAAGCCCUUGACCUGCAACAAUGACCUGCGAUACUUCCCAAUGCUAAAUAAAGCCAAGGCAGAACCACGGCCCGUUGUCCCUCCCAUGGAAGGAGUAGCACCGGGCUCAGAUGAAAACUACACGAAGUGGACGAUGGAGGAGUACGACAAAGUCGGCGGUCUGAAGAACGGCAGUGUGUCGCUUAAACAUGACGUCAUCGCCACCACGUGGAAGGACGGCCCUUAUCUGCUGGUGGUGGUGAUUAAGUCUAACAAACAGGAAGCCAACUGGAAUCUAACAGUCAACGUCGUAAUGAAAGGAACCCACGGCUACAUCUCCAUCACGGAAUGGCCUCUCAUGAUCUUCUAUAUGGUGAUGUGUACAGUGUACAUCCUGUAUGCGUUACUCUGGUUCCUGUGGGCUGCCUGCUACUGGAAGGACUUACUGAGGAUCCAGUUCUGGAUAGCUGGAGUCAUCUUUCUGGGCAUGGUGGAGAAGGCUGUGUUCUGUGCUGAGUACGAGAACACCAACGGUGUUGGGGCAGCUUCUCCAGGCCUGUUGAUCUUUGCUGAACUCAUCUCUGCCCUGAAGAGAACCCUGGCACGGCUGCUGGUCAUUAUAGUCAGUCUGGGAUAUGGUAUAGUCAAACCUCGACUGGGUACAGUGAUGCACAGAGUGGUGGGACUAGGUGUGCUGUACUUUGCCUUUGCUGCCAUCGAAGGUGUGCUUAGGAUCACUGGGGCGAAAGACUCUGACCUGGCUCUGUUGGCCAACAUUCCUCUGGCUCUGCUUGACUCUUCUCUCUGCUGGUGGAUAUUUGUGAGCCUGGCUCACACUAUAAAGACACUGAAGCUGAGAAGAAACCCAGUGAAGCUGUCUCUCUACAGACAUUUCACAAACACACUCAUCUUCGCCAUUAUAGCUUCAAUCAUUUUCAUGGUGUGGACGACGAAAAAAUUCAGACUAGCCGACUGUCAAUCUGACUGGGUGGAGUUGUGGGUAGAUGAUGCCUUCUGGAGGUUCCUGUUCUCCAUCAUACUGCUGGUUAUCAUGUUCUUAUGGAGACCCUCUGCUAACAACCAGAGAUAUGCGUUCACUCCAUUGAUGGAUGACUCUGACGAUGAGGAGAUUGAGGAGUUCCUGGUGUCAGCUAAUUUAGCUGAUGGCAUAAAGCUGAGAGCCUCCAACUUUAAGAGUGAGACGAACGGCUCAGCCAAGCCUUCAGGAUCUAACCCGGAUGAAGACUUGAAGUGGGUGGAAGAGAACAUUCCUACCUCUCUAACAGAUGUAGCGUUGCCUGUCCUUCUUGAUUCAGAUGAGGAAAUCAUGACUACAAAAUAUGAAAUGUCCAAGAUGGAGUAACAUGGGAAAUCUUCCUACUACGCACGAUGGAUGCAGAGCAUCUCUUCCUCCUGAGAUUGGUUCCUCCUGCAUGGCAUGGAAGAGACAGAUCACCUGGAGCGCGACACCUCUUCCGUCCUAGGCCUGUUUAGGCUGAGAGUCAGACCUCUGUCUACAACACUACUGGGGCUUAACACCUCUGACUUGGCGAUCAGCAGGGUCCUAUUCAUUGGGUAUCAAAUGGAAGAAAACUGAUUUAAACAGGAGGUACUACCUGAACUUGUCCAAUAAGAAAUGCUGGUUAUAGUUUUCCGUUGCAAAACGUUUUUGCUGCGGUGUGCCCUAAUGUAUUUAGCCCUCUCACCCUCUCCACAAACCAAGACAUAAUAAUUAGUGUGUCCCAAAGUGCACCCUAUUCCCUAUUCAGUGCCUUUUGAAAGACUCCUUGACUUUUUUUCAGCCGUAUUCUAAA